AGUCACUGCCAUACACAGCACAGGACCUUACUGGUGGAGGGGUGAGGAGAGAUAGGAAGCAUCAUUUGACAUCAAAAAUCAUCAAUCAGUAUUUCUUUAACUGGAGAUGUACAUGUGUGAUGAGUCUGGACCUCUGAAUCUGAAGCCUCAUGAAGAACUAGACCUCAGUUAGUUAACUGGACUUGAUGACAUGGAUUUUCUGUUGUAGGACUAUUUUGGUUUUUGGAAAAUGAAAUAAAGUUGGUUUGGGCCUGUUGAAUAUUAACGUGGGAUUUUAACAGCAGCUUUGUCAAGUCAGUCAUCUGUUUGGUCUGAACUGUACCACAGAAACACAAAGUGGAACAUGGGACAUCCACAUAUGAAGACAUCUGAGACAGAAAUGGAGCUUGUGAAUGAAUAAUGGCUGACAAGAUUGGUCCCAUGAUAGCCGCUGUGCCAAACCACUUGGUGCCAAAUCUCACCACUGCCCCAUGGGAGCCCAAUCCUACGGUUCCUGCCAAUGUGGGCGUCGUCACGAGCUCCCAGUCACAAAUCAAAGACCUUUUUGGGUUGUUCUGCAUGGUGACCCUUAACCUCAUCGCUUUGCUGGCCAACACUGGUGUGAUGGUGGCCAUUGCUCGUGCUCCCCACCUGAAGAGGUUUGCUUUCGUGUGUCACCUUUGUGCGGUGGACCUGCUGUGUGCCAUCCUUCUCAUGCCACUGGGUAUCAUAUCCAGCUCAGCGUUCUUUGGCACAGUGGUGUUUACUGUCCUGGAGUGUCAGGUUUACAUCUUCCUCAAUGUUUUCCUCAUCUGUCUCUCCAUCCUCACCAUCACGGCCAUCAGUGUGGAGCGAUACUUCUAUAUCGUACAUCCCAUGCGUUAUGAAGUCAAGAUGACCAUCAACCUUGCUAUUGGUGUCAUGCUACUAAUCUGGGUUAAAUCAGCCCUCUUAGCUUUGGUCACGCUGUUUGGAUGGCCAGCUUAUGGACCUCAGAGCUCUAUAGCUGCAGCUCACUGCUCCCUCCAUGCGAGCCACAGUCGUAUAAGAAGUGCAUUUGCUGUGCUCUUCAGUGUGGUUUGUUUCCUGGUUCCUGCCGUGGUUAUCUUCGCUGUUUACUGUGCCGUGUACAAGGUAGCUCGUUCUGCAGCCCUGCAGCAAGUCCCUGCUGUGCAAACGUGGGCAAAUUCGAGCCCUGCUAAGGAUCGCUCAGACUCUAUCAACAGCCAGACCACCAUGAUCACCACCACCCGCACUCUGCCCCAAAGACUAUCUCCAGAGAGGGCCUUCAGUGGAGGCAAGGCCGCUCUUACCUUGGUGUUCAUAGUGGGCCAGUUCUUUGUUUGCUGGUUGCCCUACUUCAUCUUCCACCUGCAAAUGUCUCUGACUGGCUCUAUGCACAGCCCCGGGGACUUGGAGGAGGCUGUCACCUGGCUGGCCUACUCCUCCUUUGCAGUUAACCCGUUCUUCUACGGCAUGUUGAACAGGCAGAUCAGAGAAGAGCUGGUAAAGUUUCGGCGCUGCUGCUUGACCCAGCCGGCGGAGCUUGGGACAUCCAGCCAUGAGGGUUCCCUUCAGGAGAACUUUCUCCAGUUCAUCCACAGAACCACAAGCACAGCUGAAACCCCACCCAGCUGUACUAACUCCCGUCCCAAAAACACUGUGGAGCAGGGGACGAAGAUCCCUGGACAAAUACCUGAGGAGCAGGCUUAGACAUUGACCAACAUGAGCUAUGGACCACAGUGCUAAUACACAGGCAAUGUCAGUUUGUUGUAGGUGGGCCUUUUUUUGUUUUUCUCAAAGGAUAGGCUCACAUUUGGAGUCUGUCCUAAAACAAUACUGACAUGCUCAUAUGUACAUACAUGCCAUAUGUAAGUAUUAAAAUCAUCCACUCAAAGGAGCAGUGUGUAAGAUUUUGUGGGAUUUAAUGGCAUCUAGUGGUGAGGAUUGCAGAUUGCAACCAGCUGAAACUUCUCCCUGUCAGAAUUCCUUCAUUGUUCACUUUUCAGGGGGGUUUUACCAAAAACCGAAUUAUCCACAGAGGUCACUUCCUCUCCAGAACAAACUGAUAACUUAAGUUCCAAACGUUCAGGAGUUUUCCUCUCCAAAACAAAUGGAUCUUGUGAUUCAAAUCAGUAAAAACACUGAAUAAAGCAGUUUUACAUAAAUACAAAAUCAGUGUUUUUCUGACACUGCUUGUCAUGGAGGGGCUACUAAUCACAGUGGCCAAUGCAAAAAUGCAAAUCCACAAAAAACGCUAAUGGCCCUUUAUAGAGUCAGUGUUUGGUUUGUGUCUUCUGGGCUAAAAACAUGGUGGUGAAACACCGGGACUCCAUGAACGAGGACCCACUCCCCGUGUAGAUAUAAACUGCUUAUUCUACGGAAACGAGAACACAACAGUUCUAAUUUUCAGGUAAUUAUACACCAAAGAAAACAUACUUGUGACAUUAUAGUCCAUUUCUGCCAAUAUAUAUCCUACACAAGUUCAAGUAGCAAUGUAGGAAUACUCCGUUACAAACAGUACAAAAGUAUUAGCAACAUAAUUUACAAGACAAGUGGAAGUAUUAGUCUCAUUGUACUCAUGUUAUAGCUGUUAUCUAUGUUAUACUUUUAUAUUAUUGGAUCCUUAUGUUGAUUUAUUAAUUUGCAAGGCAGUACUUUCAUGUUGUCAAAGUGGAGCUUAUUUUAACUUCUUAAUAUAAUUUUGUAUUUUAAUCUUAAGCAAUGGAUUAUAUUUUAUAAACUUAUCACAUCAUUUGUGUCACAUCCUAAAUUCAAAAAGUAACUACUGACUAUACAUUUUAAAUAAAUGUAGUACAGUAUAAAGUACAAUACUUGAGUAAAUGUACUUACUGUAGUUAUUUUCCACCACUGAUAAUUUUAAUCUAAGUGAUGGAAGAUGGAUCAAUGACAGUGGAUAUCCCCCCUACAUUUCCAUUAAAACUGUUCUAAGAGGAGGUCUCUCUUUUUUGAGAGGAGGAACAAUAACAACAGCCAAUACUCAUACCAAUGCACAUGUCAGCAUGUCGGUAUUGUUUAAAGAUAAACUUGAACAAAUGUGACCCUAUCCUCUGAAUACAUCCUAAAUGCCCUGUGCCUUUUAUCGUCUAAUUCAGGUUGGUUUUCCUCAUUUUAGGUCAAGGUGCUAUGGCUGUACUGUAACAUGAAAUAUUGAAAUAGUGAUAAAUGUUCCUCUGUGCAUAUUUUCUAUUCAUAUCACAAUUGGCCUGAUUUUAAUGACGUUUGUAGAAAAUGUUUUAUAGGUUUGUUUGUUUAUAGAAGUGAAACUCUGGAGUGUAACUACAAUAAUAAGGUCAUUGGAUGGAUAUUUAAAUGUUUUAUUGUAUUUAAUUUGGAACAGUUUGUAUUCCAUAUAAACAUGUGUUGGUUCCACUGUAUCCGUUUGUUCAUGUCAAUAACAAUAUAAAUGUUGUAUUGGU